AUGAAGUUACCUAAAACUCCUGCUUUCAAAGAAGAAAAAAUUGCAGCCUAUGUCAAUUCAGCACCCAAUACUGGUCAGAAAAUAUCCGCACCCAAAGAGGCUAUUAAAUAAAGCCACCGCAAGAAUAUUUCUGUUGAGGAUGAAAAAAAUAUAAAGCGUACUCUCUUCAAAGUUGAUUAAGAAUAAUAAAAAGCACAUAAUACAAACUCAACUUUAACCAUGAAUAGCAGUAAUUCGCAAGAGAACUAUUUUCAAGUCUAGUUUUCAACAAUUAAAACAGAGCGUAGUAAAUAAUAAACAAAUAUUUAGUCUGAGCAGUCAAACAAUAUGAGCAAGAGGAAUCAAAAUAGUUAGGCUUAAAAUUAAGGAAAUAUCAAUAUUUAGAAUUCUUCAAGCAUGAAUAAUUUCAUCAAACAAGAAAAUAAUCAUUUGCCUGUUAGCAACGCAUAUCAGGGAAUGAAUCAAAAUUAGCGAUAGAUUAAGCAUGAGUAGUAAUUUAAUUAGCAGUAUGCAGUAGGCACCCGCCAUCAGGGUUAAUCGAGGGCAGAAGAUCUUGGGUUGAAGACCAGACAAGAUAAUAGUUUAGGUGAGCUGACCAGAAAAUUCAUAGCACUUAUUCAAGAAUCUGAAAAUAAGAGUGUUGACCUAAAUGAUGCAGCAAAGAAACUAGAGGUGCAAAAACGACGUAUCUACGAUAUUACUAAUGUACUUGAGGGCAUAGGACUCAUUGAGAAAACCAUUAAAAAUAAAAUUAGAUGGAAAGGUACUCAGUCAUUACUUAAUCAUUCAAUAGCAUCACAAUCCUAAAAAAAUGGAAUUUCCUAACACCAAACAAAUCUUCAACAGCAUCAAAUAAACAAUUAGUAGGCAUCUUUUAAUGGAGUUAAUAAUCAUCAACUUGAGAAAAGUAUUCGAGAUUAAGAGCAAGAAUUGCAAACCUUGAUGUAAGAAGAGAAAAUGGUAGACAAUUUCAUUAAGGAUCUCUAGAAUGAACUUGGGUAAAUGUCUAGAGAUAGAGCUUAUGGAGAAUUUGCAUACUUAACAUUCGAAGAUAUAUCUUCUUUGAACUAGGAUUCUGAAGAUAUACUCAUUGCUGUUAAGGCUCCACUAGGCACUAAGAUUGAGAUGCCUGAUCCUGAGUAAUUGUUUGAGUACUUCUCAGCGAUGGGUUAUGGUGCUGAUGAAAUCAAGUAAUAUUAAGUGAACAUUACAGCUUCGAAUACUAAUCAAGAAUUAGGAGCAGUAGGAAAUAAUGAGAUACAGGCAUACAUUAUUGACGAGCACCUAGCUUAUCAUGGUCUAAACCAAGCUGGUAACCAGGAUGUUGUGAUGGACACUGAAGAGUUCUAAGAGGAUAAAGAUAAUGAUUGUAAUAAUAAUGAUGUUAUGAUUAAUGAUAACAGUUAAAGCAACGAUAAUUAAAUUACAAAAACCAAGAUCAAUAUUCUUACAGAUAAUCAGUAGACAUUUGAAGAUGCAAAAAUUAGCUCAAUAACCAAUGUUUAAAGUAAUGCAUUUGACAGAUCUCAGAACGAAUUGAGGUCAUAAGUUAAAAGCAAUGGUCAUUAACAGAAUAACAAUAAUAAAGAUGAAUGUCUCAAUGACUUUAUGACUGAUAACAUGAUUUUCUUCAAAAAUAUUUAGAGUUUAUAAAAGAUGUAUGAUGAUGGCCUUACAUCAUCCUAGGGCCAUGAUUAUAAUUAGAUUUACUCAUUAUCAACCUCAAGCAACACCAUUUUCAAUUCUGGAAUUAAUAUGAAUAGCAAUUAAAACAAUAGAGAGACUCUUAAUAAUGAGGGUGUUCUAGAGCUAAAAAUGCUCUGA